AUGACCCCGGAAACUGUGUUGGAAAGCAGGUAUUCCCUUGAGGCAGUCAGGAGGUAGCAUUCGUCCUCAGGUCGAUGUUAAACCAGGAUGGCUAGCCAAAUUAGUGUUUACCUCUGCGUUCGUUUUGAGAGUAAGUUUGUCCCGGUUAAUAUGUUGUAGGCACGGACCGUAUGGAAGACUACAUCGAUUGCAACGGUGGGGGGAGGGGAAUGGUUGAAGUAAGAGAGAGAGAGUCGAUAUUUCCGACACACUCCGAUCAUCAUUAUGAAAAAACCGAGGGUAAUCUGAAUUCCGAGGCCGGAAAGAGAAAAAAAAAGGGCUUAUCGCAUUUAUCGCAAAGGCGGGGUAUUACGUCUUUGAACACGAUAGACGGGAUAUUUUUCAAAAGGGUCUUUUUGGCAGGUCACCAGUAUUCGCAAGCCUACGAUAUCCACAGAUGGUCAUCGAUGCAUUCUGGCUGGGGCGUAAAGUCUCAGAUCGGGCUCCACGACACGCUUUGUUACUCUUUUCGUUCCUUUUUCAACCCUUCUUGUUUUUUGUAUUUUAUUUAUUCCUCCUUUUUUUACGUUCCAUACUUGUCCCGCUUCUGAACGUGUAUGUCAUCCUCUUUCUUCCCUAACGGAGGACAGAAGCCCCGAAAGUAAGAACUCCGUAUGGAGAUAAGCGGAGUUUUUGGUUACGAUACUCAAUACAGCGUGAAACUCCUCCCUUCCCCGCCCCGACCAGUCAAAUCGUAGGUUUUCACCACACCAAUACCGUCUGACAGAGACAAUCGUAACCGUACAGAACGACUGUGGUAUCUCCCGAGUGCUUCCCAUA